GCACGUCGCUGUGCUGUGCGCGUCCCAGGAAUAGAAUCGGAAAAUGCUACGCAAAUGUCUAGCCAGCGUGGCCCUGGCACCGCUGCCCAGGAUUACGCCUGCCGCACAGCUGGCCGGACUCAGUCAGAAUCGUGGGAUGCAUCAGGCGCCGGACAAGUCAAGACCCCCCAAAGUACUCAUCACAGGUGGCCUUGGGCAGCUGGGCAUCGAGUGUGCCAAGCUCCUGCGCUCGCAGUAUGGCAACGAGAAUGUGAUCCUCUCGGACAUAAUCAAGCCCAGCCAGGCGGUGCUGGAUAAUGGGCCCUACAUCUUUGCGGACAUCCUCGACUUUAAGGGUCUGCAGAAGAUCGUUGUCAAUCAUCGCAUCGAUUGGCUGAUACACUUCUCCGCGCUGCUCAGUGCUGUGGGUGAGCAGAAUGUGCCACUGGCUGUGAGGGUCAACAUUGAGGGUGUUCACAAUGUCAUUGAGCUGGCAAAGCAAUACAAGCUGCGAAUCUUUGUGCCCAGCACCAUUGGAGCCUUCGGGCCCGACAGUCCACGCAAUCCCACGCCCAAUAUUACGAUACAGCGUCCCCGCACUAUUUAUGGCGUUUCCAAGGUGCAUGCCGAACUAAUUGGCGAAUAUUAUUAUCAUAAAUUUGGCCUGGACUUUAGAUGUCUGCGCUUCCCCGGCGUCAUCUCUAGCGAUCCACCAGGCGGCGGUACCACAGACUAUGCCGUGGCCGUGUUCCAUGAGGCCCUGCGCUAUGGCAAAUACACUUGCUAUCUGCGUCCCGACACACGUCUGCCCAUGAUGUACAUCGAAGACUGUUUGCGCGCUCUGCUGGAGUUUAUGCGUGCACCCAAUGAGCAGCUAAGGCGUCGCGUUUACAACGUCACCGCCAUGUCGUUUACGCCCGAGGAACUGGUGGACAGACUGAGCAAGCACGUGCCGAAUCUGCAUGUGACCUACAAGCCGGACAGUCGACAGUCGAUAGCCGACUCCUGGCCGGAGGUGUUUGAUGAUUCCGAGGCCCGACGCGACUGGCAGUGGCAGCACAAGUACGAUCUGGGCAACCUGGUGGACUUUAUGGUCAAGGAUGUGCAGGAGAACUACAUCAAGGUGGAGAAUCGCCAGCAGCAGCAGCAGCAAAUGCUCAAGAUCUGAGUAGUGGAGGUCAAGGCCGCAUCUAGUAUUCAACUCUGCAUUUAUCUAGAAAUUACAAAACCCAACUAAAAUGUA